AUGGAGGCUUUCCCCUGGGCGCCCCGCUCGCCCCGCCGCGGCCGCGCCCCCGCGCCCAUGGCGCUCGUGCCCAGCGCCCGCUACGUGAGCGCUCAGGGCCCGGCGCACCCGCAGCCCUUCAGCUCGUGGAACGACUACCUGGGGCUCGCCACGCUCAUCACCAAGGCGGUGGACGGCGAGUCGCGCUUCGGCUGCAGCCGCGGCGGAGACGACGACGGCGGAGGCGGCGGCGGAGGGGGUGGAGGCGGCGGGUCCCCGCCCUCCUCCUCCUCCUCGUCCUGCUGCUCCCCCCACGCGGGGACGGGGCCCGGGGCGCUGGGCCCGACGCUGGGGUCGCCUGACUACGACGACGACGAGGACGACGAAGACGACAGCGACGACCCGGGGUCCCGGAGCCGCUACUUGGAGCUGCGCGCUCUGGAGCUGUGCGCGGGCCCCGCCGAGGCCGGGCUGCUGGAGGAGCGCUUCGCCGAGCUGAGCCCGUUCGCGGGUCGCGCCGCCGCGGUGCUGCUGGGCUGCGCCCCCGCCGCCCCCGCCCCGGCCGAGGUGGCGCCGCGCGAGGAGCGGGCUCCGGCGUGGGCGGCCGAGCCUCGCGGGCACGCGGCCCCCGGGGCGGCCGCCGCCCGGCUGCUCAAACCCGAGCUGCAGGUGUGCGUGUUCUGCCGGAACAACAAGGAGGCGGUGGCGCUCUACACUACCCACAUCCUGAAGGGCCCCGACGGGCGAGUGCUGUGCCCGGUACUGCGCCGCUACACGUGUCCCCUGUGCGGCGCCAGCGGCGACAACGCGCACACCAUCAAGUACUGCCCGCUCUCCAAAGUGCCGCCGCCGCCCGCCGCCCGCCUGCCGCCGCGCAGCGCCCGGGACAGCCUGCCCGGCAAGAAGCUGCGCUGA